AUGAUUAAUACUAAGGUUAACUCGCUAGCAACAGCAGCAAACAACGAUAUCAUCAUCAUCGGCUGCCGAGGCACAAGAAAUGAUAAUGCAAAAAGCAAAAUAAUACCGCAACAAGAGGGUCAGCCCCAGGCAAUCAACCAACUAGCGAGUUUAGAGGGCCUGCCUCAGGCGGGACACCGGAAUAACGGACUCUCAUUGCCAAGCACCACCAACCUCCCCUCUCUUCCUUCUUCCCCCUGUCAAUCAAUUUCCCCCCCCCAGCCCCAACCCACCUCAGCCCGCUACUCAAUUUUACCUACUAACUACGGAGUUACCACUCGUGCUCUUCCUUUUUUCUCGGCGCUGACUUGGGUUCUCAAGCAAAGAUAA